AUGGGGUGCCUGCAGGCACGUGGGUUGCUGGUGCUCCCCGUGCUGCUGCUGGCGGCAGUAUGCUUGGUGCCGUUCAUCAGCAGCGUUGCUGGAGAGGUGACGCUGGUGGAGGAUGAUGCGGGCGCGUUUCACAUCAACACUAGCGAUCCAAUGAGCCAGCCCGUGUUCGUAAAUGGGGUGAGCGUGGAUGUGCUGUUUGGGGCAGUCUCGGCGCAACAGAGCAUGAUCGAUGCGCACCGGAGCAUGCUGCAGGAGUACCGGUCGACAUUGCAGGAACAGCGUAGUGCUAACGCGGCACAGCAGAGGGUCAACGACGCACAACAGAGUGCGAUUGAUGCCUUGCGAGCUAAGGUGUGCAAGGCGGCAGCUCACACGUUUGGAGACCUCCCUUCGGGGCCGGGCAAAUGGAGUGGCGGCGUGCUGGCUAACAACGGGUUGAUUUACGCCGCUCCAUUCAAUGCCCCGUCGGUCCUCAUCAUCGACCCAGUCACCAACGCUAUCGACACAAGCACUAUGGCUGAGCUUGGAACUGACAUCAACAAGUGGGCUGGCGCCGUUUUGGCGAAGGAUGGCCUUAUCUACAUGUUGGCUGCCUCAAGACCAUCCCUUCUUAUUGUUGACCCUGAAACAAACACUGCCGACACCACGAGUAUUCAGUCGCUCGGAAGCGGUAGCCGCAAAUGGUUUAGCGGGGUCCUUGCGAACAACGGUCUCAUCAUUGGCAUCCCCAACUUUGCUACUUCCGUGCUGAUCAUUGAUCCAGCCACAAGCACAGCGGAUAUCACCUCAUUAUCUGGACUUUCCUCCGAUGGCAACAAAUGGUACAACGGUGCCCAGGCAGACAACGGUCUCAUCUAUUGUGUUCCAAGUGCGUCGGCUUCAAUACUUGUCGUCAACCCGGUAUCGCUGUCAAUGGACCUGAUACCACUUGCGGUCUUGGAUGUCCGAUUCAGAUGGCGUGGUGGUGUUCUUGCGAACAAUGGCCUCAUCUACUCAAUUCCGGCAAAUUCUGCAACACCGCUCGUCAUCGACCCAGCCACCAACGCCACCUUCACACUUGAUGCUGUCAAUCAGGACGGAUCAGGAAGGUGGGCUGGAGGAGUGCUCAGUUCCACCGGACUGAUCGUUGGCAUUCCACACGACGCACCAUCCGUCUUCAUCUUCAAUCCGGCCACCAAUUCCAGCGACACCACCAGCAUCGAUGAUCUUGCUGGAUUAGGAAAAUGGCUCGGCGGCGUGCUCGCGACCAACGGCCUCAUUUAUGGGAUCCCUCUUGUUGCUCAGAACGUCCUCGUCAUCGACCCGGGGUGCUGA